AUGGUCGUACGUAUUCGUCUCGCGCGCUUUGGUCGGAAAAGACAACCCAUAUAUAAUAUAGUUGUUGCGCAAGCUCGCUCAGCACGUAACAGCCUCCCCAUCGAAGUCCUCGGAACCUACGAUCCCAUCCCCCAGCUACCCGCGGACGGGGAAGGACAAAAAUUCAAAGACAUCCGUCUGGAUACUUUACGAGCAAAGUAUUGGUUAGGAGUUGGGGCGCUGCCUUCGAAGACGGCUUGGAGAUUGUUGAGUAUGGCCGGCCUCAUCGAACCUCAAUACACGCCACAAUCCAAGAAACCCACGCCUCCAAACUCCAGCAAACCGAUUUUAAAAGCAGAUGCUUAG